UGCAGCAUGCAUUCCCCUCGACCCAUCCCAAAGGCAGCCACCGAUGUUUGCUGCUUCUCGUGGCAACCCAUUCACUGCUUAGACUCCAGGAAACAGAAGCAGUCUCAUCCUAUACCUGGGGGAAAGCGUGGAUGCUGGGAAGACCUCAGGCCACUGGCUUGCCCGUGGGGAUGCUUGUGUAAAGAACUGCAUUUCAGAGGUGCGCCUUCCUUUAAAACAAACCCAAACCCAACUCCACCUGCAGGUGGCUUUGGCUUACUCCGAUCUCACUCAGCCUCUACUCCGGCUUCAAACCAGCUUGGCAGCGGAGCGAAAGAGGAACGCCCAGUCAAUUGAUCUGGGCUGGAGGAACCCGAGGAGGGAGCUUCUCCCCUCGCCUCCGGCUGGCGGGGCGGGGUCCCGAUGGAAGGCGGGUCUCUAUAAAGCUAGACACGCAGAGCGCCCCCCGCAAGAAAAUUCUGGCCGCCGCUGCUGUUGCUGCGCGUUUUGGAGAGGAGCCUGCGGCGCUUUGGUGAGUGGAGCUAGAGGCGAAGGGAGGCUCCGCUUUCGCCUUCUUCUUCUUCUCCUUCUCCGGAGGAAAGCUUCCCCCUACGAGCUUGAAAGCCGAGCUUUGCCCAUUUGGCAUAGGGAACAGAGGGUGUUUUUUUUGGGGGGGUGCGACCCCCCUUUGAGCCUCUAUAUGCCAAGUAAAUGGCAGGAAGCCUGGAUGGCUGAAGGGACGCGAGCACUACUACUGGGUACCAGCCGCCCCCAGCCCCAGCUGCUGCGCCCUGUUAAUUCGCGCUCCCUGCAAGCAGAAAGCUAGCGCAUCAAGGAAAGAAGGGGUUGCGUGGGUUUUUGCUGUCUGGUUCGCUCCGCUUUCCUGCUUGCAUGGAGUUUUUAACAGAGGAAGCAUGGGAAAUUGCGGGUCUUCCCAUCCGCACGACCGCCCCUGCACUCGUAUGCGGUCUGUUCUCAUUCCAACGCCUUGCUCUGCUGUGACACACAUUCUUCAAGAUGCGGCUUGUUUUCCUAAACGCAAUCUACUUGGGAGUAAGUGCCACCGAAAUGGCUGUGGCGUACUUCUGAGUAAACGCACGCAAUAAUGUUAGGAGUUUUUUUCUUGUUUUUUAAGGGGGAGGAAGCCCCAGUAGUGACAGUGUCUUAGUCAGCUAAAAACCGUAAGAAAGUUCUUGUGUUUCACAGCCUCCUUGCAUAUCUCUUUUCUUCACACCAAGUUAAAUAGAAAAGGGGUGUGGAGAAGAGACCAAGAAAAGUUCAUGAUGGGUACUUGUCUUUAGAUCAGAGUGGGGAACCUGGGACGCUCCAAACGUUGCUGGAGGUACAAACUUAAUUACAAAGAAAUUGCAAAACUGCCUUGAUUACACCAGAAAAAGUUCCCAUGUUAUUGUUGGGUGCCCUAUCACUAGGUCUGGUUGAAAUAUGUAACUUAACCUUUGGUUGGCCACAAUAAAACUGUCAGCACACAUUCAAGACUAAGCCGGGUCUGGUAUGGUUUCAAAUUGGAUGAGGGACAGUCUGUUAAAAUCCCUGCAUGUGGGGGUGGACUAGAUGACUCUGGGUACCCCUUCCAACUUUGAUUCCUUUUCCCACUGGGGCACAGGCCACAUGUGAUAGAAAGCUUGUAGGUGUGGAGGGUUUUGUUUUGUUUUACCACGGCAGUUAAGGAAGCACCUGCCACUCCGUUCCUGUUCGUUUUUCUAAUUUCGAAAAUGCCCUGAAAAGAGUUCUGAAACUUGCCUGGUUGUGAACAGAAAUUAUGACGGAUUGGGCCAAGCUUGCGCACUAAUAUGUUGAUAUCUCAGGGCCGUAAGGCUCUUGGCUUUCCCCCUUUUGUUCCUAAGAAGGCUGCCUCCUGUUUCCCCUGCAUCUUGUUUCUGGGUCUCGCUGGCCUUUUGCUUCUGCCGCUAACCAGCCCUCUUUUGAGGGUCUGGCUAUAUAGAGAACUGUUGCCAUUCCUAGGUGUGACGGGGAGUGGUUAAGAGGCAGGGAAAAGCAUCCCAUUUGUGUACCUAGCACCCAUAAAAACAUUAGGGUUUCUUCCUUGCUCUUAUUUCCCCCUGCCUCAAUUAGCCAUGUGGGUUAAACCACAGAGCCUAGGACUUGCCGAUCAGAAGGUCGGCAAUUCGAAUCCCCACGACGGGGUGAGCUCCCGUUGUUCAGACCCUGCUCUUGCCCACCUAGCAGUUUGAAAGCACGUCAAAGUGCAAGUAGAUAAAUAGGUACCGCUUUGGCGGGAAGGUAAACGGUGUUUCCGUGCGCUGCUCUGGUUCGCCAGAAGUGGCUUAGUCAUGCUGGCCACAUGACCCUGAAGCUGUACGCCGGCUCCCUCGACCAGUAAAGCGAGAUGAGCGCCGCAACCCCAGAGUCAGGGGUCCCUUUACCUUUAAAUAAGACUUGCAAGCCACAGUCGGGUAUUACAGUUGUUCUACCUCCCAUGUGUUCAGCUGCCAAGUACUGGAAAACUGCAUUUCCCUGUGCUUCUAACUAAGUACUUCUAACCUUGCGUAAAGGAUCACUGCCUGAACAUCUCUCUGGCACUGCCAUUACAGUACACACUGGUGAAGCCUCGUCUCUGUGACAUGCUGGGUUGGUUGGUUCAAACUAGCAGUAGCAUGUAAAAUGGCAGUCCAUGUGCAUUGCACGUCCAGUGUUCAUGUGCCUGCACCUGUGAAGGGGGAGAGGGUUUAGCAUGUAUAUUGAUUUUGUCCUCAGUCAGUGCCCAAGCCCAAGUCAGAGUCUAAUCGUCUGACUGGCAACAAGGAUACUAAAAUAUAUUUUUUUCAAGUAGCAGGUCCUUUGGAGAGGGCACCCAACACCAGUUUCCCUCUUUAAAAUAUUUCAAAGGUUUUAAAAGCAACAUUUGGAGCAAAACAACAACACCACCAUACUGUAAUUGGACAUGGAAGAAAUUAUAAUAAAAUAGGGUGUGGGAGAAAAGAGGAGAGGUUCUGUGUUGUCAGGUAUUCUUCCUGUCAAGAUGUUGUGGUAUGUGAACUUCUGCAUCUUAGUAAAUUAAUGAGUUCUGGAUUGUUGACUGGGACUCUCUAGAAACUGCCCUCGUGCAGUAGUUGUGUGGUAGAGAAUGCUCAAACUCCAAAGAACUCAGUCAUAGUAACUAAACCCGGAAUAUAGGGAUUUGUGUGGUGAGGGAGGGAGGGGUGGUGGUGGUGUGGGAUAAUGGGGGGGGGGGUAGACAGAAAAGGUAAUGAGACCAUAAAUCUAAGGUACAACCCUAUUCUAUAUUCAGAGUAUUUUAAGGGAAGGUGUUUGUAUUCCUCACAACAAAUGAGCAGUACUUGCAUUUGCUGCUUUGAACAUUUAGAAAGCUUGGAAGAUAAAAUGUAAAAGCUUAGAAUAUACUGCAGAUAAACUGACUUCAAAGGAAGGUCAACACAGUCCAUCCUUCCAUUGGUAUUAAUGGAGCUAACCUGGGUGACUUGGACUGAACCCGUGAACCACAGCAAGUCUGGUGGUGCACAGAAUAAGUUGCCAGGCUCCCAGCUCUUUCCAUGAAGGGCUUCCUGAACCAACUGCAGUCUCUCAUAUUUGCUGUACCCUGUUGGUGUAACUGGAUGGUCUGAUUAACAUGUUCUUUUCCUCCCCCCCCCCUUUCUUUUUUUUUAGUUACUUAAAAGAUCAAUCUACAAUGGCAGACAACAGACCAAAUGCUGAUUCCUUGUCCCGCAGUGUGCUCAGCUGGGAUCAGGUCAGUCGUCUUCAUGAGGUCCUGUCCGAGGUGGUGCCAAUUCACGGGAGAGGCAACUUUCCGACUUUGAAAAUAACUCUGAAGGAUAUUGUCCAAACUGUUCGCCGCAGGCUAAGUGAAGCAAACAUUAAGGUGCACGACGUCCGUCUGAAUGGUUCCGUGGCAGGUCAUGUCUUGGUCAAAGACAAUGGACUGGGUUGCAAGGAUCUAGACCUUAUCUUUCAAGUAUGUCUCCCAAGUGAGACCGAGUUCCAGUUGGUCAGAGAUGUGGUUUUGCAGUCCCUCUUAAAAUUCUUGCCUGAAGGUGUCAACACCGUAAAAAUUAGCCCCAUGACCCUUAAGGAAGCCUAUAUUGAGAAGCUGGUGAAAGUGUGCACCGAUAUUGACCGAUGGAGUCUAAUCUCUCUCUUCAACAAGCAUGGCAGGAAUGUAGAGCUCAAGUUUGUGGAUCGUAUAAGGCGGCAGUUUGAAUUUAGCGUGGACUCUUUUCAGAUAAUACUAGACUCUCUGCUCUUCUUCUAUGAUUGCUCAGAGAACCCAAUGUGUGAGCAUUUCCACCCAACUGUGAUUGGAGAAAGCAUGUAUGGUGACUUUGAGGCAGCCUUGGAUCACCUGAAGAACAGGCUGAUAGCCACCAAGAACCCUGAGGAGAUCCGAGGAGGAGGUCUCUUGAAGUACAGCAAUUUGCUUGUGAGGGACUUCAAGCCCAUGGACAAAGAGGAGAUAAAAACCCUCGAGCGUUACAUGUGUUCUAGGUUCUUCAUAGACUUCCCAGACAUUCUAGAGCAGAAGCGCAAGUUGGAGACAUACCUCCUGAACCACUUUGCUGAAGAGGACAGAAGCAAAUAUGACUACCUGAUGACCUUGCGCGAAGUAGUCAACGAGAGUACGGUGUGCCUCAUGGGACAUGAGCGAAGGCAGAUACUGAACCUCAUCUCCCUUCUGGCGCUCAGAGUGCUGGUAGAGCAAAACCUCAUCCCCAAUGCCACCAAUGUCACCUGCUAUUACCAACCAGCUCCAUAUACCAGUGAUGCAAACUUCAGCAGCUACUACGUUGCAGAUACAUAUGGCCAGUCUCAUCCCACCUGGCUGCCUUGUAACUGAUUUUGAGCUUCCUAUUUUUCCAAGCCCCCCUCACCAACUAGGUCUCACACCAAUCGAAUGGCUCCUGGUUCUCUUUCCUCAUUCCUUGAAUAGCCUUGGUCAACCCAUAGAGUGGGCUUCAUCUUUCCUGGUUUCCUUUCCUCUCCUCUCCUCUCACUGGGGGAACUGUCCUAAUGCUGUUCCCCAAAACUUCUUAAAACUGAAGAUAGAAAGAUGCUGUUGGGACAAAGCCAGAGUAGUAGUAACUGCUCGAUUGCUUCCAUGCCAUGUUGUCUUCUGAAGUUUGAAUCAAGUUAUCUUUGCAAAUAAUGAGGAUUAGGCUGAUAUGACUAUGGAAGAUCAUAGCUACAGUCCUGUAUGUCAUUAGGCUGUUCAAAGUCAAUAGGACUGAAGCAGCUUCUGAACUGUAUGCAGGACUGAAGCCGUUUUCUUUUCCCUCAGAAAGUCUUAAAUUAGCAGUUGACUCAUUGCUGCUGUAGCAGGACUAAAGGAUGAAUUUCAGUUUGGAGAGGAUAAUGACGUCUGCCAAAACUGUCCCUUUUAAAGAAAUUAAGGCUAUCCUAAAUUACAUGAUGCAGGAAUUCUAAGAACCCAAGUCAAGCUUUUUUUUAUAAAAAGCAAAGUACUAGAAAAUAUAUGGUAAUUAUGAAACUUAAGUUUAAUAUAUUAUUUUCCACUGGUGUUUGGACUGACCUGCCAGGGAAAUGUGGAAUGCUCCUGCCCCCAGAGUUCAGCUGAAACUGCAGGAUGUUCCUAAGUCUCUGAUGUCACAAGUCUGAUCAGUAGGAAACUGGGAUGGCUUUACUUUGUUAUGUUUAUGUACUGAACCAUUGGCUUGUAAGUGUGCAUAGUUAGGGAUUUCUAGAGUACAGCAGUAUUGUUGAAGACAAAUUGGUAAAAAACCUCACUUGAAAUAAUUGUUCCAAGCUUGCGGAUGGCCUGGGCUGGAAGAGGGUUUCUAUAACAUGGAUUUUCUUGUUUCAGGGGGAUUCCCCUUGAAAAAUGGGUUCAUUAAUAAUUGUUUUUUUAAGUAUCAUUUAUUUAAAAAUGAUAUUUUUGGCCAAAGGUCAGUUGUGUGGCCCCCCCGGCAAGCCUCAAAGUAUAUAAGUGGGUCCGUUCUCACAUGUGGUGUUUAAAGAGCCUGCCUUUAAGAAAGGAUCCUGCAAAGAAGUCCUGUUAAAAGGGAACAUGGUGUAGACUAGAGAUAUGGAAGACCCAGAAAAAAAAUUGGAAAAAUUGGGGGCCUUCACAUUGCUAGUGCAAAAGAUCAGUGUUAUGGUUGGCAAUGUUAAUUUGCACUUUUGUUAAAGGAAUCCAUGUUUUGAUGAACUGUCACAGGUAUGGGAAAUGCAAAUAGUGGGUCCCAGCAGAAGUCUUGAAAUUUGUCUAUCAAAUUCAAAAGGCAGUAAAAGAAAAACAACAAGAACCUCUUGGGCUGUCCACGGUGUUCCUAUAGUCGAAAGGCCGGCCACCUACUUAAUAGGCGAACUUUCUGUACAUUUCCCCCCAAAGGAAACUAAGCUAAGGUUAGGCGUGGGAUCGUGAUGGAAAUACUUACCUGGGAAACACACUGUGUUUGGAUGGCAUUGAGUUAAUGUGGAAUAGUACUUGGCCCCCUUCUCAUUUAAUUGUUCAAAACAAGAGGGCAGAGGGUUUUCUUACUCUUAGUACUGCUACUUCUGCAACACAGAGAUAAACACUAUCUGUAGCAAUGCAGACAUCGCUGGCUGUUCGAAAGCAGCAGCACCUUGAGUGAAGUAGUAGUUGAACAAAACUGAUAAGGGGGGAAGUAUAGGGCUUGUGAUUUGACUGCCAAGGACUUGUCAAUUUCAAUUGCUUUUGGCCAUUCUACACAUUUUUUGCUGAGUAAUUUCAGACUGCCUGAAUGUUUCUUGACUGUGCUCUUCUGUCUAUACAUUGAUCUGCCUGUGUCUUGGGGGAGGGGGAGGAACAGAAAGAAGGAUCGUAUUAAGUGCGGCUACAGCAACAAAGCAAAAUUUAGAUUCCCCCCCCCCCUCCAGCACUGAACUCAAAGUUGAAAUGGACUAUAAUCUUAAGAGUAGCAUUUCUUUACACUGGAAGAAACCUUUUCCACGCACGUCUGGUAAAUAUGUAUUUCUUUAAAUUGUAAACCUAAUGUCAGUUGCCAGAUGAGCAGCUUUUCGGAGCGCUACCGAUGCGUAUCUUAUUUUGGUUUCCUUAAGGUGAAAAAUAAAGUCUGUCAACUUAAACAUGACUGUUGUUGUUCUUCCUCCCCUCCCCCUCAUUAAGGGGUUUUCCAAUGGCAGCUUAAUUUAUAAUUCCUCCACACAUCCCUUGCCCAGGUCAAAUAUCAACUAUUUAAUAUCCCUUUAGUUCUUUAGUACCUUAGGUUGGAGAAAGAUGUGGAACCAGCUUGCCUAUUGACUUCUCAAGGGUAGUGACUUUUUUUCCUACCAGCCAGGCUGUUAACUCCUUACACAGUACGUAUAAGCUAAACAAGCUGUAGCUUAGGGCCCCACUCUCUUGCCCCCCCAAAAAAAAAAUUAAAGAAAAAAAGCCUGGAUGUACAUUUCCCAAAUAUAAGAUAAAAAACAAAUAAAAUAAAACCUACAUAUAGCAACAGUGUUUGUGUUAUGUAGGCUCCUAUGAUGUAAAUAAUGGGCCC